AUGACUGUCACCCAAAGGGACGACUUGUCGUUGUACCGGAAUGGCGUCCCCGACCUGAUCGUGACCCUCAUGCUGGUGUUGUUCGCCAUGGCGUCGCGAAAGGCGGAGAGUGUGGCGGUGGAGAGCAUCGACACCGCGCAGCAGACGCCCCAGGAUUAUUCGGUAUGCAUCCACAGUCCGCCGAGAGCCCCCGGCCUGUCGGACCCCGACACCUACUACGAAAAAUUUCGAGUCCACGGGGAGAUCGCGUUCAUCACCAUUUGCCUAAGGAACGGAACUCUCUUGAAGACGGUCGCGAAGAAACGCGUGUUGGAGCACAAGAUGCACGCGCUGAACGCCCAGGCGGAGCUCGCGGAGAGGGAAGAAAACGUGGCCGGCGUGAGAAUGGCGAACCGGACCACGGCCGACCUCAAGGCGUGGCAGGCAUGGCUGCAGGGCAAGCUGGGGCUGUUCCCCACGAAGGACUACCUCGAGAGGGCCCUGAAAGAGACGAGUGAGAGGCUGCGCGGCCUGACCCAGCGGCACUACGACCCGAAGCGGGUGUACAUCACCUACCAGACCGAGCAGGCGCAGAGGAAGUGCCUGAAGGCCGUGGAGACAGAGCGUGUGGCUGUCUCUGUUGCUCGUCGACCGAGAAUGUCGCGAACAACAGGUCUGUGGGAGGAAUACGUGGCCAAGCUGACGGGGAAAGAAGUUAACCAGGAGGCCGUCAUUGGCGGUUCCGUGUGCCGGAUAGACGAAGCCGAAGAGCCGUCGGACGUGCUGUGGGAAAACAUUGAUGCCUCCAUUGUGCAAAGGGCGGCGACUUUCGCCCUGUCCGGGUUCCUCUCGGGCGCUUUCCUGGCGGGGAGCUUCUUCAUCCUCAGGGCUAUCUUCGAGGCUGGCUUCAUCGCCGCCAUAUUCGUCGCUCUCGUCAAUGCCCUGCUCCCCCUCGUCAUCAGGGUCCUCACGCUCACCAUAGAGCAACACAAGAGCCUAACGCAGAUGCAGGCGUCCAUGAUGUUCAAGCUCGUCACCGCCCGCGCCAUCAACUCGGCCUUCCUGCUGUUCAUCAUCACGUCGGACGAGGAGCAGCUGGAAUCCGACACGCUAACCAAGAUCCUCUCGAUUCUGAUCGCGGACGCCUUCACCGGGCCCCUCCUGAGGCUGACCAACCUGCCGGACCUGUUCGGUCGGAAGGUCAUCGCCCCGAAGGCCAAGACGCAGGCAGAGAUGAACGUGUUCUUCCAGGGGGCUCCGUGGAAUCUGGCGGAGAGAUACACGGACAUGGCCGUGAAUAGAGUACGGCGCAGGCCGUGA